CACUCGUGCGCUCGCUGCGCUAUGCUAACAACAACAUAGCUUACUGCACCUUUUUCGUGUCAGUUGAGCUUAACUUAAGGUUAAACUUACACUCUAACGCAUUAUUUGGUGUGAUAUUUCACUUUUCAACAAGCCUUGGAGAAAGCGACAGUUUCCUCACCCAGUCAGCGUUUAAAAAUAACGUUAACGUUAGCAUUAGUUAGCUAACAAUUCGGUGGUUUGUUUUAGAGCUAGGCCUGAGUCGGUACCGUUAGCGAACCUGUUCGUAAAAGGCUUUACUGACCGAAAGGCAACAUUAAAUAACUGCUUCACCUGUCAGAUAAAAGAGUUUCUGCAAAAUGAGAGGUUCAUACGGAGACAGAGAUCGAGACCGUGGCCGUGACAGAGGAAGCCCUCGUUUCGGGUCCAGCAGAGGCGGCCCCCCACCGGGUAGAAAGUUUGGAAACCCCGGGGACCGUCUACGAAAGAAGAGAUGGGAUCUGGAUGAGCUUCCCAAGUUUGAGAAGAACUUUUAUAAUGAACACCUGGAAGUGCAGCGAAUGAGCCAGUAUGAUGUUGAGGAGUAUUGCAGGAAGAAAGAAAUCACUGUUCGAGGUUCAGGCUGCCCAAAGCCUAUCACCAACUUCCACCAGGCACAGUUUCCCCAAUAUGUAAUGGACGUCCUGAUGCAGCAGAAUUUCAAGGAGCCCACAGCCAUCCAGGCUCAAGGUUUCCCCCUGGCCCUGAGUGGGAGAGACCUUGUGGGCAUUGCUCAGACUGGCUCUGGGAAGACCUUAUCGUACCUCCUACCUGCCAUUGUGCACAUCAAUCAUCAGCCCUACUUGGAGCGCGGAGAUGGACCCAUUUGUUUGGUGCUGGCCCCCACAAGAGAACUGGCGCAGCAGGUCCAGCAGGUGGCAUACGACUACGGAAAAUCCUCCCGCAUCAAAAGCACUUGUGUGUACGGAGGUGCUCCCAAGGGACCUCAAAUCAGAGACUUGGAGAGAGGUGUUGAGAUCUGCAUCGCUACUCCGGGCCGUCUGAUUGAUUUCCUUGAGGCUGGAAAGACCAACCUGCGACGCUGCACAUACUUGGUUCUGGAUGAAGCUGACCGCAUGCUGGACAUGGGUUUUGAGCCACAGAUUCGCAAGAUUGUGGACCAGAUCAGGCCCGACAGACAGACCCUGAUGUGGAGCGCCACCUGGCCUAAAGAGGUUCGCCAGCUGGCCGAGGACUUUUUAAAAGACUACGUCCAAAUCAAUGUCGGAGCACUGGAACUCAGCGCCAACCACAACAUCCUUCAGAUAGUUGAUGUCUGUAUGGAGAGUGAAAAGGACCACAAAUUGAUCCAGCUGAUGGAGGAAAUCAUGGCUGAGAAGGAGAACAAGACCAUUAUCUUUGUGGAGACCAAGAAACGAUGUGACGAUCUCACACGCAGAAUGAGACGUGAUGGGUGGCCAGCGAUGUGCAUUCAUGGUGACAAGAGCCAACCAGAGAGAGACUGGGUGUUAACGGAGUUCCGUAGCGGCAAAGCUCCCAUCCUCAUCGCUACUGACGUGGCCUCGCGUGGUCUGGAUGUGGAGGAUGUCAAGUUUGUCAUCAAUUAUGACUAUCCCAACUCAUCGGAGGACUACAUCCAUCGCAUCGGCCGCACGGCCCGCAGCACCAACAAAGGCACAGCUUACACCUUCUUCACUCCGGGGAACCUCCGCCAGGCCCGUGAGCUGAUCCGGGUGCUGGAGGAGGCCCGACAGGCCAUCAAUCCCAAACUGCUGCAGCUGAUUGACACUGGACGUGGAGGAGGGGGAGGAGGUGGCCGUCCCCGUUUCCGUGGCAGCUCCAAUUCUAACAACCCCAACCUCAUGUACCAGGACGAGUGUGACAGGCGGAUGCGCUCUGUGGGUGGGGGCGGCAGCUCCAAGGACAGCCGCGGCAGCAGCAGCUAUGGCCGCGACAGCCGAGAUAGCCGCAGAGGAAGCAGCCGGGACGGGGACCGCUCCUCCUCCUCGUCCUCCUCCUCUUACAGAGAUCGCAGCAGCAGGGACGGAGGACGCAGCUACGGCUCCAGCUCCAACUCAUACGACCAGUACCAGAAUAACAAUAGCAGCAGCAGCCAGUACAGCAGCUCCAGGGGCAGCUCUGGGUCAGGGGGUGGAGGAGUGGGGCAGGCCCCGACUUCUUCAUCGGGUCCCCAGCCCUUAAUGGCUCAGCAGUUCAACCCACCCCAGCCCAUGAUGGGCCUGAUGGGGCACUCGCCGUUCCAGUUUGCUCCUCCACCGCCACCGCCUUCAGCAGGCAGAAAGUGAUGUGAGCGGUGCGUCAGUCACACACAACACAAACACUACACCCACUCCCACAGACCGUCUCAAAAUCAGUGACGUGUGAGUCUUGAUUUUUAUUUUGGGUUUAGCCCUCGGCACUUGACCACUGUAACAUUUCAGUUAUGAGCUUUGUUUUGUUCAGAAAUUCUUCAUCUCUUAAACAUCAGAUGAUUUAGACUGGUUCAGUUAGUUUAUUAAGUGGUUGUCGCCUUUUGACUUUUUCUUCAAAGUCAGAUUAAUCAUUAAUUAUUUAGUUUGACAGAAGCUCGUUUGAUGUCCUUGAAAAAAGAUCUUUUGUACAAACAUGCUGUUUUUGUAUCGUGAGCUGCUACAUAGGAUUUGUAGAGUAACUUUUUUUCUCCCCUUUAGGUUUAUCACAGGUAGAUGCUGAAGUAAGUUCUCGUAUAUCGGCUUGUUUCUGUUUGAGGUUUAUUAUCUUUGUGUUUAAAGUCUGUGAACCACAACAUCAGUUAGACUUGAUCUGCAGCAAAACUAGGGUUAAAAACAUUUUUCCAUGAUGAGAUUUUCCUUCAUUUUUUGAUAUUAUUUAGGCAGUGUAAGGAUAACUGUGCAGAGGCUUUGUGUGGCCAUAGCAGCAGUUAAAGUCACAUGCAUAUAAAUAAGCUUUUCUUUCACAUGUCCAAGUUUGUGUGGAUUGAAAUUUCCUGCGACCCGCCGCAGAUUACUUUACUCAGUUAUUUACCAGUGUGGGCAAGACUGUGCAGCAGUGACAGUUGAAGUUUUCCUAGAAAAUAGUUCUUUUACAGUUUAAUAAAGUUCUUCAGUGUA